CUCUCUUCCCAUCGCCUAUAAAACGGUUAAGACAAGUACCACAACAACAGUCUUGCUAGAGGCUAUAGAGAAAAAUGGAGAUAUUUUUAACGGCUUUGUUCAUAAUUCUGGGAUGCACAGCCUUUUAUUUAUUUCAUCAGCGAAGGGACCCGCAAAACCCGCCUUGCAUAAGUGGCUGGAUUCCUUGGAUUGGAGCAGGGUUCAAGUUUGGAGAAGCCCCUCUGGAAUUUAUAGAGCAAGCAAGAAUCAAGCAUGGACCAGUAUUUACAAUUUUUGCUCUGGGUAAUCGGAUUACAUUUGUAACUGAGGAAGAGGGCAUUGAUUUUUUUUUCAAGUCAAAAGACAUAAAUUUUGAACACGCAGUGCAACACCAUGUCAAAAGAACAGUAUCAGUUACAAAAGACAUCUUUUUUACAUUCCAUGGAAUAUUAUAUGGUCUGAUGAAAAACAAAAUGAGAAUUUCCCAUCUAUAUCAGUUCACUGAAAAAAUGGUAGAAGAAUUACAUGAACAACUGGAGACUUUGGGCACUGAUGGAAAGAAUGAUCUCUUCAACUUGGUAAGGAACAACCUGUAUCCAGUAACAGUGAAUAUUGUUUUUGGCAAAGGCUUAUAUCCGAUAACCCACAAGAAAAUUCUAGAGUUCCAUGAGCAUUUUCAGAAUUUUGAUGAAGGUUUUCAAUUUGGGAGUCAGAUACCAGAAUGUUUCUUAAGAAACUGGUCAAAAUCGAAAAAGUGGUUUCUAACUCUGUUUGAAAAAAGCAUUCCUGAUCUAGAGAGGUACAGACCUUCAGAUGAUGAUUCCCUGACAAUUCUGCAGCUGAUUACAGGUGCUUUGAGGCAGGGAACAAGUGAACAUCAGGCUCCCAAUUAUGCUUUAUUAAUGCUUUGGGCUUCUUUAUCUAAUGCUAUUCCUGUGGCAUUUUGGACAAUUAUGUUUAUUCUCCAUAACCCUUCUGUUUACAAGAAUAUUAUGGAAGGCAUAGUUUCUGUGUUUGGCGAAGCAGUAGAGAAGGAAUUUGCUGCUGCUUCUCGGGUGCUAUUACCAAAUACUCCUAGAGACAGCAUGUCUCAUCCUACCCCAUCAGUGACAGUGCAGCUGUUGCCCCCAGCCCUGGGAGUAAUGGCUAUCCAACAACUUCCAUAUCUGUUGCUGAAUUAUACUAUUCCUGCUGGGGACAUGUUGAUGUUAUCUCCUUUUUGGAUCCAUAGAAAUCCAAAGUAUUUUCCAGAACCUGAAUUGUUCAAACCUGAACGUUGGGAAAAAGCAGAUUUAGAGAAGAAUGCUUUUUUGGACUGCUUUUUGGCAUUUGGAGGAGGGAAGUACCCAUGUCCAGGAAGGUGGUUUGCUCUACUGGAGCUUGAGAUCUAUGUGGCUUUAUUAUUUUACAAGUAUCAACUUAGUCUGCUGGAUCCAUUUCCAAAACAGAAUUUUAACCAAUUAGUGGGAGUCCAGAAGCCAGUGACGCCAUGUCGAGUGGAAUAUAAAUGCAGAAAAUAAAAGCUUGUUCAUCUUAACAUGGGCCAAUAACUAAACAGAUUCCUGAGUUGUCCUAAAUCCUGCAAGAUUGUACUUGCUGAACUAAUGUACUACCACUAAAGUAUCUUAGUUAACUAUGUAGAACUAGAUGGAAUUUUUGUUUUUAUGGGUAAUUGAGUUUAAUUACUGUAUAUUCAUUAAAUUAGUGUUUCAACAAUGGACAAAAACGUAAAUGAAAAAGCAAAUGAAGUAUCAAUUUUAUGGAAAACUGGAAAUGUUGUCUCAAAAAUAUUAAAAGUAACUACUUUAAAAGCAAUUUUUCACCCAUAAGCAUAUAUAACAUGAUACAGAUGUUGUUUUAAAU